AUGAUUGCUGUCGAUGGAAGCUCACAUCAUCACCUCAACAACAAGAUAAUACAACUCACAGGGACCGUGUUCAUCAGAGAGGGACUUUCAGAGGUAGUCGUCAUUAUCUCAGUAGACAUGUUGUCAUUCUGUCACUGGGAGAAUGAUUGCUGUCGAUGGAAGCUCACAUCAUCACCUCAACAAGAUAAUACAACUCACAGGGACCGUGUUCAUCAGAGAGGGGCUUUCAGAGGGACCGUGUUCAUCAGAGAGGGACUUUCAGAGGUAGUCGUCAUUAUCUCAGUAGACAUGUUGUCAUUCUGUCACUGGGAGAAUGAUUGCUGUCGAUGGAAGCUCACAUCAUCACCUCAACAAGAUAAUACAACUCACAGGGACCGUGUUCAUCAGAGAGGGGCUUUCAGAGGGACCGUGUUCAUCAGAGAGGGACUUUCAGAGGUAGUCGUCAUUAUCUCAGUAGACAUGUUGUCAUUCUGUCACUGGGAGAAUGAUUGCUGUCGAUGGAAGCUCACAUCAUCACCUCAACAAGAUAAUACAACUCACAGGGACCGUGUUCAUCAGAGAGGGGCUUUCAGAGGGACCGUGUUCAUCAGAGAGGAACUUUCAGAGGUAGUCGUCAUUAUCUCAGUAGACAUGUUGUCAUUCUGUCACUGGGAGAAUGAUUGCUGUCGAUGGAAGCUCACAUCAUCACCUCAACAACAACAAGAUAAUACAACUCACAGGGACCGUGUUCAUCAGAGAGGGGCUUUCAGAGGUAGUCGUCAUUAUCUCAGUAGACAUGUUUGUCAUUCUGUCACUGGGAGAAUGAUUGCUGUCGAUGGAAGCUCACAUCAUCACCUCAACAACAAGAUAAUACAACUCACAGGGACCGUGUUCAUCAGAGAGGAACUUUCAGAGGUAGUCGUCAUUAUCUCAGUAGACAUGUUGUCAUUCUGUCACUGGGAGAAUGAUUGCUGUCGAUGGAAGCUCACAUCAUCACCUCAACAACAACAAGAUAAUACAACUCACAGGGACCGUGUUCAUCAGAGAGGGGCUUUCAGAGGGACCGUGUUCAUCAGAGAGGAACUUUCAGAGGUAGUCGUCAUUAUCUCAGUAGACAUGUUGUCAUUCUGUCACUGGGAGAAUGAUUGCUGUCGAUGGAAGCUCACAUCAUCACCUCAACAACAACAAGAUAAUACAACUCACAGGGACCGUGUUCAUCAGAGAGGGGCUUUCAGAGGGACCGUGUUCAUCAGAGAGGAACUUUCAGAGGUAGUCGUCAUUAUCUCAGUAGACAUGUUGUCAUUCUGUCACUGGGAGAAUGAUUGCUGUCGAUGGAAGCUCACAUCAUCACCUCAACAACAACAAGAUAAUACAACUCACAGGGACCGUGUUCAUCAGAGAGGGGCUUUCAGAGGGACCGUGUUCAUCAGAGAGGGGCUUUCAGAGGUAGUCGUCAUUAUCUCAGUAGACAUGUUGUCAUUCUGUCACUGGGAGAAUGAUUGCUGUCGAUGGAAGCUCACAUCAUCACCUCAACAACAAGAUAAUACAACUCACAGGGACCGUGUUCAUCAGAGAGGAACUUUCAGAGGGACCGUGUUCAUCAGAGAGGAACUUUCAGAGGUAGUCGUCAUUAUCUCAGUAGACAUGUUGUCAUUCUGUCACUGGGAGAAUGAUUGCUGUCGAUGGAAGCUCACAUCAUCACCUCAACAAGAUAAUAUAACUCACAGGGACCGUGUUCAUCAGAGAGGAACUUUCAGAGGGACCGUGUUCAUCAGAGAGGAACUUUCAGAGGUAGUCGUCAUUAUCUCAGUAGACAUGUUGUCAUUCUGUCACUGGGAGAAUGAUUGCUGUCGAUGGAAGCUCACAUCAUCACCUCAACAAGAUAAUAUAACUCACAGGGACCGUGUUCAUCAGAGAGGAACUUUCAGAGGGACCGUGUUCAUCAGAGAGGAACUUUCAGAGGUAGUCGUCAUUAUCUCAGUGGACAUGUUGUCAUUCUGUCACUGGGAGAAUGAUUGCUGUCGAUGGAAGCUCACAUCAUCACCUCAACAACAAGAUAAUACAACUCACAGGGACCGUGUUCAUCAGAGAGGAACUUUCAGAGGGACCGUGUUCAUCAGAGAGGAACUUUCAGAGGUAGUCGUCAUUAUCUCAGUAGACAUGUUGUCAUUCUGUCACUGGGAGAAUGAUUGCUGUCGAUGGAAGCUCACAUCAUCACCUCAACAACAAGAUAAUACAACUCACAGGGACCGUGUUCAUCAGAGAGGAACUUUCAGAGGGACCGUGUUCAUCAGAGAGGAACUUUCAGAGGUAGUCGUCAUUAUCUCAGUGGACAUGUUGUCAUUCUGUCACUGGGAGAAUGAUUGCUGUCGAUGGAAGCUCACAUCAUCACCUCAACAACAAGAUAAUACAACUCACAGGGACCGUGUUCAUCAGAGAGGAACUUUCAGAGGUAGUCGUCAUUAUCUCAGUAGACAUGUUGUGUCAUUCUGUCACUGGGAGAAUGAUUGCUGUCGAUGGAAGCUCACAUCAUCACCUCAACAACAAGAUAAUACAACUCACAGGGACCGUGUUCAUCAGAGAGGAACUUUCAGAGGGACCGUGUUCAUCAGAGAGGAACUUUCAGAGGUAGUCGUCAUUAUCUCAGUAGACAUGUUGUCAUUCUGUCACUGGGAGAAUGAUUGCUGUCGAUGGAAGCUCACAUCAUCACCUCAACAAGAUAAUAUAACUCACAGGGACCGUGUUCAUCAGAGAGGAACUUUCAGAGGGACCGUGUUCAUCAGAGAGGAACUUUCAGAGGUAGUCGUCAUUAUCUCAGUAGACAUGUUGUCAUUCUGUCACUGGGAGAAUGAUUGCUGUCGAUGGAAGCUCACAUCAUCACCUCAACAAGAUAAUAUAACUCACAGGGACCGUGUUCAUCAGAGAGGAACUUUCAGAGGUAGUCGUCAUUAUCUCAGUGGACAUGUUGUCAUUCUGUCACUGGGAGAAUGA